AUGGCUCUCACUCGGUUAUCGUCUCGAUAUGUAUCCGCCUUCUGUUCAUCUACUCCAAAUCCACUCGUCUUUUUCUCACAAACAGUGCCGAUUCCAUUGCAUUCACGUAUAUUGAGCUCUUCAGCACAGCAGCCGACAGAUAUUCAAUUAAAAGAGAGCGAUCUGGACGAAUCGUUUGUCAAAGGCUCCGGUAAAGGUGGUCAAAAGAUCAAUAAAGUACGCAAUUGUGUGCUGCUGACGCAUCUGCCUACGGGACUUCAAGUGCGUACUCAGAAGACGCGGUCAUUGGACGACAAUCGCCGUAUUGCUCGUAAACUCUUGAUACAGAAACUUGAUGAUUAUAUGAAUGGAUCAUUAAGUAAAAACAGUGUAAAGAUUGAACAUUUGCGUCGUAAGAAAGCCAAUCGACGAGCCAAGUCGAAACAGAAAUAUGCCAAAGCAGACACUGAAGAGAAAAGAAAAAAUGUAGAAGAUACAGAAGAGGAGGAGGAGGAGGAGGAGGAGAAUUGUUGA